AUGGCCGACCAGCUCACCCAGAUACCCGCCUUGGUUACACCUACACUUCAGCGUCACAACAAGAGACGCCGCUCGACAUCGAUUGAGCCAGAACAAGCUGUUUUCCUUCCUGGCGCCGGCCGAUCAAACGAUGAGAACGAUCCGACAACCACUACACACGGACAGCGCCACCCCGACGACACCACUAUACAUAAGCGCACGAGGAAAGCCCACGCAGUCAAGCGCCGACGUAUUGCUGGCGACUUCAAUCCCGUCCACGGCCCUGGUUCCCCCCGUCCAUCCGACCUGAAAGAGGUGCGAUCACAGAUUGCGCCGACUGCAAACCCAUCAAGCAUUGAUCUCGUCUCAGGCGGAGAUCAUCUCCGCAAAGACAUCACCGCCCUCCCUGUCGACUAUAUACCAUCUCAACCCAACCCCAUUACAGACAUUCUGAAGCAGACUCCUCAGAAACCAGGUGGAGACAGCAAGAAGAAGUUCAAAGUCUGGGAAGACGAGCCGCGGCCGUCUAAGCCCAUAGACCCAACACCCGCUACCGCAAAGCUAUUGCAGGAUAUUACCAACACCGGGGGUAAACGCAGGUGUAGACCGUCGCAUACGCCUCGGUUCCGCGCGCAAGACGCUGAUUACUAUUACCACCCCAAUCUCAAGGACUUCCAGUUCCCACAGGGCGUUGUCCCACCCACUGAGAAGGUUGUCAAGGACGCGGCCCAGAGUGAGCGAGACGCGGCCACCGCAGAAGCAGAACAGGCGACCCAAGACGCACAGCUUGAGAUUGCACAGUCAUUGAAGCGGAAAGCCGAUGACGACCUUCGAGAGAGUGGUGCAGAGAAACUGAGGAAGCUUAAUGGCCAACAGCCUUUGCCUUGGAUAGUCCAUGGCAAGAUCCGAUAUGAUCCAGCUCAAGAUUUUGAGACUGAGUACUUCACCAUAUCCAUACCGUCGCUACCCUCAGAGCCUGUAGAAGAUGUGUUCAACACGACAGAACCGCCUCAAUCCCAGAAAGAGAUCAAUGCAGCGCUCGAGGCAGUUGAAGCUCAACAACUACCAACACCCAUCUCCGAGCCCGUAUCCAACGAGGUGUUGUCGCCUCCUAUAUACUACAACCUGAACCCACCCAGCAUAGUCCAUGUACCGGGGAGCGAUGAGCCAGCCCUGGACAAACUAGAGUCAGAAUCUCUAGAUUUGGAUGCUAUCUUGAUGGGAAUGACACAAGAUUAUGCAUUGUCCACCGUCGAUGAAGAUGUUUCAAAAGAACUCGGCACCUACAAAUCACCGCAACCGCAAGAUGAUAAACUGCCCACCGGCAAGACAGCUGCAUUCGAUGGAUUUGGUACUUACCAACCGCCUCCACAAAUCGUUGCUGCUGCAUCUACUGCGGUCGAGAAAGACGCAUUUAAAGGGUUCGGUACCUACAAAUCACCGCCACCAAAAGACAUCGAAUUCCCCGUCGUCAACAAAGAUGCAUUCGAGGGAUUUGGUAUCCACCAACCACCGCCACAAAUCGUUGCUGCUGCAUCUCAGCCCGCUCCAAAGAUUGUGACCACAGUUCCCUCUCUGAUAGACAGGAACAAUCACGCCAUCAUCAAAAGGGGUGUAGCCUACAGCGAAGGCUAUGACCCAGGAAAUCCACAGAACUUCAAGCACUAUCUCGCUCAGUUCACCGAUCGACCUGCGGUUCCGCGACCACGAGAGCGCGAGUAUCGCCCAAUGCCAGAGAUAUUGAACAUCGAGACUCUGAACCAGCGAUUAGACUGGGUAGUCCCGAAUGGUGCAGAAGCGCCCGAACUCUUCCGGGAGAUGCCAGCACCACCACCUCACAUCGACUCAGAGUUAGCUCGUUGUGUUCGCUUCGCCCAGUCCGACGCGCAAAGACGCGUUAACUGGCGAGCGCAUCCCACCCAUAUCGCUGAAAUCAUCCAGCGCACAAACUUCUACGGAAUGGAGUUGCUGGUCAGUCGGGGCGAAAUGCGCAUCUCGUCACCUCCGACAGCAGACGAGUUCGAGCUAGCCAUGGCGACUCGGCUGGCGCAUAUAUCCUUCGGCAUGGAUACGAAAGACUACAUUGCGGCCGAUGUACCAGCUAUCAUGGAUUACUUCAAGGAGAAUCUUCCAUCGGCGAUAAGUGUCUUCCCAACAGAAGAGGAAGACUGCUUCCGCGCCUUCACGGACUAUUAUCGCGUGAUGUUCGAGGAGAACUAUCCGCCACUGAAUGCUCUCGGCUUGCCAGAAUGGCAGGCCUUACUGGAUGCGGAGGAGGGUAAGCCCUCUCUCAAAGCACAAACCCUACAAGGCAUCGUCCAGUCCAUCAAAGGACUGGCUCAUCAACGCCCCGGCGAUGCAGACGUGAUAAAUAGCCUAAAAGAUGAGGCAUCUCACGAGAAGCCUGACACAGGAAACGAGCAUCUGAAGAACGCUCGUCUGGAACUUGGCCAGACCCUUGGCCUGGGUAGGGACGGCUUCGACGGAGACCUACAGUGGCCCGAUCAGCUGACCAACGCCGUUUUUCCGAGCGUGGCUCAGAGCGAGGAAGUGCCGCAUUACGAUGCAAAUCCAGCUUCUUACUGCAACAAUACAGAAGUCCCAGGAGGAUAUGUCCAUCCUUUUGCACCCGAAGUAAAUGCAAGGGUUGAAGAUGUGCACGGCGAUUACUACGGUCCAGAGGGCUGGUUUCGCUCCGAUCUAAAUGCGCUGAUGCCGUGGGAUUCUGGGCUGAAUGCCAUGCCACCAGGCUUCAGCGCAGCCCCAUUAGACUAUGGUGCUAUAGGGGAAUACUUCAAUCCGUCGGCAUUCGGCGCGUUCAACGACGCUGAACCGGAAACACUGUUGUAA